UUUCACUAAGUUGUGUAGGAAGUUUGAAAAUUAAAUAAUUUUAUUAUUGAAAACGAUGCGUGUGUUGUGGAUCGUAUACUCUUUAGGCCUACGUGCUGUCUAAAAAUAGUUUUAAUUAAACAACAACUGACUGUCUGUUCACGUAGCGAACGACGGGACUGUUCAAUCUGUAUGACUUGUGUUUUCACAAAGUGUGUAAUAUAUUUCAUUAGGGGAAGUAUUUCAACAACUUAACUACAUGAGGAGUCUCACAGUUCUAAUUCUGGCCAUCGCUGGUCAGCUGGUCAGUGGCGACCAGCAAAAGACCUUGGCUGCGGCCACGUCAGAUUUCUCCCAGAGACUGUACCAGAAGGUGGCGCUGGACACGCCCAAUGUGGUCUACUCGCCGUACAGUAUCCAUUCAGCCAUGUCUAUGGCCUUGCUGGGUGCCAGAAAGAAAACGGCAAAAGAAAUGGAGACGACGCUUGGAGUUACCUCUCUUGGAGCUGCAACUCACAGUACUUAUAAAGAUCUCAUCGAUGGGUUAAAGUCUGUUCAUGAUGUUGUGCUAAACACGGGAAACGCUAUUUUUCUCAAUUCUAACUUUGAAAUACUGGAACAAUAUGUCGAUGACGUUGAGAAGUAUUACUAUUCCAAAGCGGACAAUUUUGAUUUAUCCGCCCCCGGUGGCCCAGAGAAGAAAAUCAAUGACUACGUUGCCAAGGAACUAAUAACAUGAUCAAAGACGUAUUGCCCGAAGGUGUAUUAACAAAAGACACCGUCAUGCUGCUGGUCAAUACCAUAUUCUUUAAUGGAACAUGGGUGGAAUCGUUUGUGAAAGCGCGCACUGCACAAAGGGACUUCUACAAACAGGGCGGCGAGGUCACGAAGGUGGACAUGAUGAAUUCGGCCAUGACCAUCAAAUACAAGAAGGACGACGAGCUAAAUGUCCAAGUGGCCGAACUGCCGUUCAAGGGGAAAAGGUUUGGUUUCUACAUUGUACUGCCGGAGACAGCGGACGACAUUUCAAGCCUGGAAACUCUCCUGGAAACACCAUACAACGUAGACCGUCUUUUCUCUGGGCUCGCGUCCUUCUUCGCUUCAGUCAGCAUGCCCAAGUUCAAGGCCGAGACGACCCUGGAUUUAAAAAAAGCUUUAGUCAGUCUCGGCAUGGUCAAGGCAUUCAGCUCUGUCAGGGGUGUGGCUGACUUUUCAGGCAUUAGAAGCAAAGGCGACAUCUACAUCAGCGAUGCCAUUCACAAAGCCAAGAUUGAAGUCCAAGAGACAGGGACUGUAGCAGCAGCAGCGACUGUUGUAAUACAUGCACUAUCAAGAUCAGCUAACUCGGUGCCCAAGACAUCAUUGAAAUUUAUGGCGGAUCAUCCUUUCAUCUACUUCCUCCGAGACAACCAAUCCGGACAAAUUUUGUUCCAAGGAAAAUUUUCCAAUUGAAAAGGUCUAAAUAAAAAUAAAUUUG